AUGUUAUUGCAAAAUUUAGCCUUGAGAAAGGGCAAAGAAGCGGCUGGUCAUAACAUUCAAUCAUUGACAAAACAUGGGAAUUAUUUGGUUCAAAGUAGUGAUAGAAGACGCACAUAUACUUCCAAUCAAUCUGCGGCUAGUAAAGUCAGGGAAGAAUUGGCCAAAGAAACUUGCGAAAAGCUUUCGAAUCAACAUCAAGCCAAGAAGAAGGCUAAAGCUAUUGAUAGAGACUUCUUUCUAUCGGUCCUUGGUUCUUCCGCAACUAAACGCGAAGCUCGCUCUUACAUUCAAAACUUCAAACCUCUAAAUACUUCUCCUGCAAAGCCGAAAUCCCAAGAGCCUGUCCAACAAAUCACAAAUGAGAAUGGCGUGAACUUGGGAAGCAUUUAUACAGCAACAAGGGCCGUGGCAGAAAGUCCAAAGUUUGUACAACAUCCAGCAGUCUCACAAACUACGUUGGGCGGCUCCAUAUUACAUGUUGCUUUAGUGAAAAUUAGAGCUCCACAGCUGCUAGAUGACGAAACAUUGAAUGGGAUUGGGAAAACUUUAUCAAAACUGUGUAGACUUGGACUAGUCAGUACUGUUGUGGUGGAUUGCGAGGAUGGAUCCGAUACCCACCUGAAGGUAUCUAAAAGCGAAUGGAGGAAUCGGGUUAAAGAGCAAGCCGCUCGUGUUGUGACUGCCAUUGAUUCUAGUGAGACAGAAGCACGGCUAGUGGACAAUGUGAUAGGAAUUGCAGAAAAUGGACCUGAUGUCGAGCAACAACCAUAUCUGAAAGGCAGGGUGCAUGUCAAAUUUAGGGAGUUAUUAAUGACGCCAUUGAGACGAGGAGUACUCCCGGUGCUACCUUCAAUAGGGCAUACGGAUGCCACUCAGGCGGCAGUAUCAAUCACCGCUAGUGAUGUUGCCUUGGCGUUGACCCGAGAAUUUGCUGGAAUCUUACCUCCGCAAUCACCAGAUGAACAUCCUGAUGUUGCCAAAGAGCGCUUACAAGCCUUACAAAAUGAGGUAUCGCUUGAUCGUCUAAUUUUGAUCGAUCCUCUUGGCGGUAUUCCAGCUUCGGAUCGUAAAAACGGUUACCACGUUUUUCUGAAUAUGGAACAAGAAUAUGAGCUAGCGAAGCAAGAUCUCAUGAAAACAGGAGGAUUGUAUAGCGAAACGUCCAAGCAACCAACACGUGAAGAAGCGGGCUCGAAUCCUAAUGUUGGAGAUGGUACCCCUCUUUCAAGCUUUACCGAACAAGAAUCUGACGAGCUUAGAAAUUCAUCCUCGCAGCACAGCGGUUCACCUACACAGCAAGAUCAAAGGAUGAAAUUUCAUUUGGAUAAUUUGGAAUUAGUUCGAAGUGCUUUGGCCAUAUUACCUCCUAGUUCUUCAGCUUUGAUAACUACACCUGAUGAAGCCGCGAAUUCUGGAAAACAGCACGAAUUUAAGGCCGCUGGGGUCGGUACACGACGACAACGAAAUCCAUUGAUUCACAACCUACUUACCGACAAGCCAGCAUACUCUUCAUCCCUUCCUGUUGGAAGACUAGGCCCAAUGGAUAAGAACGAACCAAUUACACCAUCAACUAAAUUGGCCCCAGCUACUUUUGCAAAACAUGGAAUGCCAGUGACUAUUUUCCCAGAUCCAAGAACCACCCCUUGGCAACCACCUAUCGCUGGCGUUCCACAGAUAAGCUUAACUGAUCCUCAAAUUGACCUAAGCCGCCUAGUACAUUUGAUCGAGGACUCUUUCAAUAAGAAACUGGAUGUUCAGGAUUAUUUAAGACGUGUCAAUAAUCGUAUAGCUGGAGUCAUUAUUGCAGGCGAAUACGAAGGAGGAGCAUUACUGACCUGGGAACUACCACCCGGUGUUCCAGACGAUGGAAGUGAAGAAAGUCGUAAGCGAAUGGUGCCAUAUCUUGACAAGUUUGCCGUCUUAAAGAGAAGUCAAGGAUCGGGCGGUGUUGCAGAUGUGGUUUUCAAAUCUAUGGUGAGAGAUUGUUUUCCUGGGGGAGUUUGUUGGAGGAGUCGUAAGGAUAAUCCAGUAAACAAAUGGUACUUUGAACGCAGUAGAGCUACGUUAAAAUUGGCUGAUACGAAUUGGACGAUGUUCUUCACAACGCCGGAAGAAAACAUGGAUCAGCAAACAUUCCAAGACUAUGAAGCUGUUUGCAAGGUCAUUGAACCUUCUUGGGCGGAUAAGCAGGGAGUUCAGGAUUGA